AUGUGUAUCGAUGAGCAGUUUUCGCCUUCGGUAAAAUUUGCCACAUCACUACUAGGCCUCGUUCAAAGCGUUCUCUGUUCAAGAAAGGUCAACCUCAAUGCAGCUGUUAACACUUACACUGAUGAUCUCCCGUCCCCUGAGUUGCUCGAAAUGGAACUUACGCGAUGGAGAAGUCGAUACUUAGCAAUGAAACCGCAAUUAAGGCCAGCUUCACCUGCUGUGGCAAUCAAAGAUUGUAAUGCUGCCCUCUUUCCAAAUAUUAGCAUUCUUCUCCAAAUUGCCUGCACAAUUCCAGUCACCGCUCUUGCGAAUGCGAACGAAGCGCAAGCACAUUGCGACGACUGCCGGAAUAACUACAUGCGUGCAUCGAUGGGAAAAGAUCGCUUGUCCCAUCUUGCGCUUUUGCACAUUUACUACACUACCCCUGUGGACUUGGACACUGUGGUGGACUGUUAA